CCGGGGGCUGGGGGCGCCGGGCGGCCGCCUCCCACAGGUUAUUCCGGGAUAAGCCGGGCGCUGGGGCUGGCCCGGCCUUGGCGGGGGGCCGGGCGGCGCGGGGCGGGCCUGCGGGAGAGCACGCCCCCGCCCGCCCCGGGCCCGCCCCUCGCCGCCCGCCCGCCAGCCGGGGAGCCGCUGUCCCGGGCCUGGCCCGUGCGCGUCCGCCUGCUGAACCUGGGCACCGCCGGCCGUCUGGGCACGGGACCGGGCGGGGGCGCUGACCUCGGCCUAGGAGGCCUGGGAUCCCGGAGCCGCCUGCGCCCGCCGGGGCCUGCGAGUCGCACGCCCUCCCCGAGCCUGUGCUGCUCGCCGCUCCUCGGCGGGGCGAGGCCAGGUGCCCCCCUCUUCCCCUGCCUUCUCUCCCUCCCCCACUCCCGUGCCCGCCGGAGAUCCCGGCCGCCCGCCCCCUCCCGCAGGGGUGUAGCCGGCUGCGGAGCUGACAGCCGCCCCGCAGCCGCCCUGUCCAAACUCCCCGGAAGCGGCCCGAGCAGACGGGGCGCUCAGGCCGCCAGAGCUCCGGCGGACCCACUGUUGGCCCAGAGGCGACGUCCCUCCUCCCGCGCCCAAACUUGGAGCACUUGACCUUUGGCUGUCGGAGGAGGCAGGCCUGCGGGUGGCUGGACAGCUGCGGCGCCUCGAGGGCAUCUUGCCUGCGGUUCCGGGACCGCCGGCUGCGCUCUCGGGCUCCCGACUUUGCCUCUGGGAUCCCGAGGUGUCCACAUCAGGCGCAUGUUGACUGAGACCUGGAGUCAUGGAUGUGUGCGCCCGUCUUGCCCUGUGGCUCCUCUGGGGGCUCCUCCUGCAUCACGGCCAGAGCCUCAGCCCUAGCCACAACGAGAAGGUGCCAGGAGCCGGCUCGGGGGCCACUUCUGAGGAGUCUACUGCAGCAGAGUUUUGCCGGAUUGACAAGCCCCUGUGCCACAGUGAGGAUGAGAAGCUCAGCUUUGAUGCAGUCCGCAGCAUCCACAAGCUGAUGGAUGAUGAUGCCAAUGGUGAUGUGGAUGUGGAAGAAAGUGAUGAGUUCCUGAGGGAAGACCUCAAUUACCAUGACCCAACGGUGAAACACAGCACCUUCCAUGGUGAGGAUAAACUCAUCAGCGUGGAGGACCUGUGGAAGGCAUGGAAGUCUUCAGAAGUAUACAACUGGACCGUGGAUGAGGUGGUGCAGUGGCUGAUCACAUAUGUGGAGCUGCCUCAAUAUGAGGAGACCUUCCGGAAACUGCAGCUCAGUGGCCAUGCUAUGCCAAGGCUUGCAGUAACCAACACCACCAUGACAGGGACUGUGUUGAAGAUGACAGACCGGAGCCAUCGGCAGAAGCUUCAGUUGAAGGCCCUGGACACAGUACUCUUCGGGCCUCCUCUCUUGACCCGCCAUAAUCACCUCAAGGACUUCAUGCUGGUGGUGUCUAUCGUUAUUGGUGUGGGCGGCUGCUGGUUUGCCUAUAUCCAGAACCGUUACUCCAAGGAGCACAUGAAGAAGAUGAUGAAGGAUUUGGAGGGGUUACACCGAGCUGAGCAGAGUCUGCAUGACCUUCAGGAAAGGUUGCACAAGGCCCAGGAGGAGCACCGCACAGUGGAAGUGGAGAAGGUACAUCUGGAGAAGAAGCUGCGUGAUGAGAUCAACCUUGCCAAGCAGGAAGCCCAGCGGCUGAAGGAGCUGCGGGAGGGUACCGAGAAUGAGCGGAGCCGCCAAAAAUACGCUGAGGAGGAGUUGGAGCAGGUUCGGGAGGCCUUGAGGAAGGCAGAGAAGGAGCUGGAAUCACACAGCUCAUGGUAUGCUCCAGAGGCCCUUCAGAAGUGGCUGCAGCUGACACAUGAGGUGGAGGUGCAAUACUACAACAUCAAGAAGCAAAAUGCCGAGAAGCAGCUGCUGGUGGCCAAGGAGGGGGCUGAGAAGAUAAAAAAGAAGAGAAACACACUCUUUGGCACCUUCCACGUGGCCCACAGCUCUUCCCUGGAUGAUGUGGAUCACAAAAUCCUAACAGCUAAGCAAGCUCUGAGUGAGGUGACAGCAGCACUGCGGGAGCGCCUGCACCGCUGGCAACAGAUUGAGAUCCUCUGUGGCUUCCAGAUUGUCAAUAACCCUGGCAUUCACUCACUGGUGGCUGCCCUCAACAUAGACCCCAGCUGGAUGGGCAGUACGCGCCCCAACCCUGCCCACUUCAUCAUGACUGACGACGUGGAUGACAUGGAUGAGGAGAUUGUGUCACCCUUGUCCAUGCAGUCCCCCAGCCUGCAGAGCAGUGUCCGGCAGCGCCUGACGGAGACACAACUUGGCCUAGGAUCUCAGAGGUUGGUAGAGGGCGAGGCUGGCCACUUCUUGACAAGCCGGGUAUCUCUGCGGCGAAUGCGCAGCCUUUCAUCUGGACAGUCUUUCAGUUCUGAAGGCCACGAGAUCAGCUCUCCAUCUGCCUCUGCUGCUUCUUCCUGCUCCUCUACCACCACCACCACCACCACCACCACCUCCACUACCUCCAUCACCACCGUUCAUGUCCACCCUGUUUAUUACCACCACAGCACUUCCUAUUUCCUCCAGAUGGAGCCCUACCCUGACCCACCCCCUUCUGACAGCACCGCUGUGAUGCCAGGGCAUUCAGAGAGCUUGGGGGAUUUGACCCAUUCCGAUUCGGAGUCCUCCCUCCACAUGAGUGACCGCCAGCGUAUGGUCCCCAAGCCUCCUCAGAUGGUCCGGGCUGCAGAUGAAGCUCUCAAUGCCAUGACUUCCAACGGCAGCCACCGGCUGAUUGAGGGGGUCCACCCAGGGUCUCUGGUGGAGAAACUGCCUGACAGCCCUGCCCUGGCCAAGAAGGCACUACUGGCGCUGAACCACGGGCUGGAGAAGGCCCACAGCCUGAUGGAGCUGAGCCCCUCAGCCCCACCUGGUGGUUCUCCACUUUUGGAUUCUUCCCGUUCUCACAGCUCCAGUUCCCCAGACCCAGACACACCAUCUCCAGCUGGGGACAGCCGAGCCCUGCAGGCCAGCCGAAAUACACGCAUUCCCCACCUGGCUGGCAAGAAGGCUGUGGCUGAGGAGGAUAAUGGCUCCAUUGGCGAGGAGACAGACUCCAGCCCAGGCCGGAAGAAGUUUCCCCUCAAAAUCUUUAAGAAGCCUCUUAAGAAAUAGGCAGGAUGAGGGUGGCAGUGGCAGGACAGCUUGUCCUUCCCUGGUCUUCUGCCUCCCUUUCUCUCCCUUCCAAGAUAUCUGGCCCCAAGAGUGGGGCAUGGGAAGGGCUGGCCCAGGGGCCUGGGCACUGUACAUACCUGCCCCCCUCAUCCUUGGGUCCUUCAACAUUAUUUAUUAACUGACCACCAUGGCCUGCCUGCCCUGCCUCCCUCCCAACCAUGGGCUGCUGCUGUCACUCCCUCUCCACUUCAGUGCAUGUCUUAGUUGCUGUCCCCUCAGCUCCCAGCUCCACGUUGGGGUCCAGCUUCCGUCUCUGCUGUCCCAGUUUUGAGGUUUGGUUUCUUGUUUCUGUCUGUCUCCUGCUUUCAGGCUCCUCUCUCCCACCACUCUCCAACUUCCCCUAGUAGCUAGGGCAGAUGUUAAGAAUAACUUCUGACUCCUGUGCCUCAGAUCUGUUCCACCCCACCUCCAAUGGUUUUGUUUGCCCCAGACUGGGGCCUAGGGCAUAAUAUUUGAGGUUUAUUCUUUGAGAGUGUGGUGGGCCAGAGGGAACCUCAGCCUGGAGCUCACUCAGGCCUCCAGGGGUCCGUGGGGGAAUGAAACCAAUUCCCAGAGAACAAGCUAUUAGAGAGUUUUAAAGAGAGGCCAGGCUGGGGGAUAGAUUGGAAGAGACUUCUCUCUUAGUUGGAGGAUGAGUAGAUGCUAGAGUUGUGGGCUACAAGGCAGUCACCUUUUCUCUCUUCUCUCACCCACACCUGCAUCUCUUUUAUCCCUGCUCCCCCACACUGCAGGAGGGUUUUUGUCUGUAAGAGGUGCUGCCCAAAUGCUCCCAAGCAUCAGUACUCCUGGGGCUCAGGACAAUCAGCUCCCCUGGCCAUGGGAACCUCAGCCACCAUGCAGGGCUCUAAUGGGGCCCUGAAGCUAUUGGGCAGGAUGUUGUCACAUUUGAACCAAAAGACAGUUUAAAAUUGAAAAAAGAAAUCUCCUGAAUUCCCAAGUGCCUGCACCACAUACUUCCCUGACCUUGUCAGACCCCAUUUUCAUGUUACUGCAUAGCCUGGGCCAGAGGCUCAAAGGCCACAGCCAGUUUAGGGAAGAGGGUGGCUAAGGAAGAUAGUGUAGGUGAAGGUGGCUGUGUGACCACUUCCCCCCACCCUUCCCACCCUCUAGACAACUCUCUCCCUUACCUGUUUUUGCUAUGGCUGUCAAGGUAUUUUCCCUCUGCCCCACUCCCUGCCAUGACUUUACUCUGGGAUCCUUUUUGGGCCUGGGGUGGGGACACCUGGGGCUGGUCUUAGGAGGGUGCUAGGCUACAGACUGCCUUGUACCCCCUGGACACCCUCACAUGGGUUUUUCUGUGUUAUUUCAUAAGACUCUUUGAAGUCCAAUAAAGCAUGUAGGAGAUUUUAACCUC